CUGCGCCUGUCUCUCUUACCGCUUCCAGACCGGGUGAGGAUGGAGGGCAGGGUGCCUGGGGAGACCCUGGUGAUGGAGGGGCCCGAGGGAAUUGCGAGGAAUAUGGCUCUCCGCUGGUUCACCGAGACACAGGCACCAGUCAUCAUACGUGAUGGGAACCUCCCUACCUGGUUCCUGGGACUGAUCUCCAGAAAGGAUGCUGAAGAUCAGCUGCGCGAUAAGCCUCUUGGCUGUUUUCUCAUUCGACUCAGCGACAAAGCCAUUGGGUACAUUCUUUCCUAUAAAGGGCGUGAUCGAUGUCGUCACUUUGUCAUCAACCAGAACAAGGCUGGACAGCUCAUUGUCUCAGGCGACACUGAAACUCAUAAUAGCCUGAUAGACCUGAUUGAUUACUACAGGACCAGUCCCAUUGAACCUUUUGGAGAGUAUCUGACAUCUUCUUGCUAUGAGCCCCCCCAAAAUGAGCUCUAUGAUGUGGUCCAGGUUUACCCGAAAGAAAAGCCUUGUGUGAGUGUGCAGGCUAUGAAAACCAUAUGGGACAAGAGGAGUAGCCAGGCAGUUGGACAGCCCCCAGUGCUGCCCCCCAAGAGUGGCAGGAAACUUACAGUGAGCACUUCCCUUGACAAGAGCCCCCUCCCACAAGUAAACGAAGCCUCCGGUGUUUCCCAAGAGGCUGUACCUCCAGUUCCAAGAAGGGGCACCUCUGAUGACAAGAGCCCUCCAAGUGGUCAAAUGGUGUAUGCUCCAGUAGAGGCAGACAGACCGAAGGAGAAGUCUCAGGCAGUGCUUACCAGCAAAGGGAGCCUGGACAGAUCCACAGCAGAACAUAGGAAUGAGUGUGUUGAGCCUAAGGUGGAAGAUCUUCACACCGUCUCCAGGAACUACCUCCAAGACAGGGAGACCACCCAAGCCAUGAGCCGUCCUGGCCCGCAACCAGGUUCUGUGUAUUCAGAGCUCAGCCUGGUGGACUGCAGGAGUCAGUCUUUGCCAGUGCUGGAUGAUUGUACCACAGAGCAGCACAGUUACAGGCAAAACUCCACAUCUGACACACCCUCCACACUCUCGCCCAAACCCAUGAAAAAAGCCACCUGCCAUACUGUCUCACUCGUGGACCAAUGGGACCACGCUAGACAACCGGCCAGCUCGGGGCUGCCCAGCAGCAGCAGUCUGGACAAGCUCUGCAGUGAUUCCCUGUACCAGCUAGUUGGAACUGGUCAGUGGGGGUCCCCUAACCACAGCCAGGCUGGCACAGAGUCCACCUGGACCCCCAUGCCCACAAAUGGGCAGGAGGGACGUGUUUAUGCCCAGGUUCCUUUGGAGCUGAUGUCCAGUGAUGAACAAGCUGACAAGGUCUAUGAGCAGAUCCCAGAUAAGGACUUCUUCAAUAAUCCCGAGGCCUCCAGCUCCCACAACACCUACGAGACCCUGGAGGAGCUGAAACAGAAGGGCCCAGCUGGCGGAAAAAUGAAUGAAAUAUGGCGAAGACUUUUCCCAGAUAAUAAGAAGAAAAUAUAAAAAGAACAGAAGACUUCGUGAAGAAAUCUACAACCCCGAAAAGGCCGAUCGACUCUAAUCUGGUGGAUUACUGUAAAUUAAUAUUACAAGACAGUGAAAACGUGGGCUUUAAGUGAAUUCAUUUUUUCCCCACAUUACUUUCUUACACUGAGAGGGAAUUUGUUUAUAUGCUAUAUGUCUGAAAUCUGAUACAGCUUUUUUGUUGUUCGAAUGUGAAGUAUUUAAAA